AUGUCGAGCUUGAACAAGAUGCUUUCUUCGACGCAUUCCAGCACCGGAUAUCCCACUAGCCGAGCGCCAUCCCGCCGCGCCUCCAUCAUCAACUUUUUCAAGCAUCGCAAGAGCAAGGACCACAGUCAAGGCUCGACCGAGCUCCUUCAAGCACUAGAAAAUCCAGCCGCCCACAGCAGCCAGCAACGGACUCAACCACACCCCCGGCGCCUUCGACGCCACCACUCCGAAGCGCCAGCCCUCGACAACAAUCUCACCCUCGACGUCCACCCCCUACCACUCAGAACCAAGCACCAACCACCACCACGCCCGCCCCCGCCUCCACAACAACAGCAACAACAACCCUGCCACGCCAACCCGUCAGACACCGAGCUCGACCCGUCAACAAACCCAGCCGCGCCGAGAUCCUCCCCCAAAGCCACCACCACCGUCACCACCGCCGCCACCACCACAGGCAUCAGCUCAGCCAACCCCAGCAACCCCAGCAACCCCAGCAACCCGAACAACCCAUCCCUGGUAUCCGCCGCACUGUCCCUUUCACUUCCACGACCACGACCACCACCACCACCAACAACCCUCCCAUCACACCCCUCGCCGCCCACUCCCCCCGCUCGGACGACCUCCUCGAGAGCGUUCAACCCGCGGGCUAGUCUCAGGGCGGUGUUGGGGCGGUUUUCGUGGUCGGGCGUGUUGAGUGAGGAGGGGGAGGGUGGUGGUGGUAAGGGGGUUGGGACUGGUACUAAGUGGGGAGGUAGUCAGGAUGGGGGUGGGUCGUCGUCUUGGGGGAGCUGGAGUCGUCAUGGGAAGAAGAAGGGGGAGGAAGGGAAGGAGAAGCGGAAGCGGUUGCGGAAGGGUGGCCGGAAGGGUGGCGGUGGUGGGGGGAAGGAGGAUCAGGGCGGUGGUGGUGGUGAGCCUGAGGAUAGGGAGGCUGCUGAGAGGAGGAAGAGGGAUGAGAUAAGGGCUUUCAAGGCGAAUGAGGCGGCGAGGAUUAUCAGGGCGUCGUGUAUGGCUGGGUUGAGGAUCCGGAAGCGGAAGCAGGUGGCGAUGCGGAUUCUGGAGCAUGUCAGUGUGAAUGAGCGGGAGGGGCGCGCGAUGGAUGGUUCGGCGGCGGCGGGUCGUGGCCGGGCGUAUCGCGCGGAACAGGUUCGGAAGCUGGCCCGUUGGGGAGUUAUGGGAGGGCGCCGAGCUGGAGCGGGUGGCAAGAGGAUUGCCGUGUUUGGCCUGAAUAGUUCUCAGAACAGGAGCCUUCGAAUAGUAGUAGGGGCAUACAAGUCAGCUCCUAUUCGGUGCCUAGAAACAGAGGCCUGGGUGCCACCGCUAGACUUAUAUCUCAACAAGCGGCUGGCUGACUUCGAGGGCCGGCUACAGAAGCAGGCCCUACAAUCAGGGGCUGGGCCGGAGGCUGAGAGAAUAACCACGGGGCAUCUAAUCACUGAGGCCUGCAAUAAGGUCUACCGAAGGUUCAACAAGAGGAGGAAAACCCGAGGCCGGAGGCCCCGUCAGGGCCCGCAGAGUCCCACGCCCACUGAACUGGCCGCUAGUGUAGUGGCCCAGUGGGUUAACUACAAAUGGAAGAUCGGGGGGAAGGAUAGGGGGUCGAAUACCAAGGAGGUGGUCGAACUGGCCUGGCAGGCCCGGUGGGAACAACAGAGAGCUGGUCAACAAAGUACUACUCGACAGAGGGUAUUAAACAGGAGGAUAGCCGACGAAGACCCCCCAGCCCUCUUGUUUACCGACAAAGCUCUGAUGAGACACGAAGGUCUUACAAAGGCGCAGAGCUCCCUCCUUUCCCAGGCCCGUAUCGGGGAUAUAGGCCUCCGGGACUACCUGUUCAGGGUGAAAGUCCCGGAGGUCCGCACCCCCUAUUGCGAGUGCGGGAGAGGCAGGGAGACGGUGGAGCACUUGGUGGUUUGGUGCCCCGACCCGCCGUUACAAAGGCCGUGGGACGGCAGAGAGAUUCGGUCACAUCGGGACCUACAAACCGUAUUACGGGGAGUAGGUGCCCGGAGCAGAAGAUUUGUUAGGAAGGUCCUUGGCUGGCUGAUGGACUCUGGCCGGCUACUGGAGUAUAGGCUGGCCAGAAGGCUGGAGCUAGAAACAGUGGAUGGGGAGGGCUAG